AUGUUUUGACACAAUGCAGCAGUCAGUCUGUUUCCCCUUUUCCCAAAUACAGACAGAAAAAUAAUUUUAUUUCCCUUUUGUUUAUGGCUCACUCUAAGGACAGCCAGAGCUCCAAUCCGAAAUCCGUUUCAGGCUUUUGCCAAACUCGCUUGUCCCCCACCAGCAGAGGUUAUUUGAAAAGGCACCAUGCUUGAUGUAGUGGUGGGUACUUGCCCACACUGUGCAGGGAAGUUGUUCUGACCCCUCUCUGUCUUAAAACCAAACCUCUGGGAUUUCAACUAAUAUGUAAUACGAUGGAUUUCCUCUUUCUGAAGGACCGCUUCUACACCCGCCGCUCCUGAAAGGGACUAAGUUUUGUGAGGAAGCUGAGAACAGAGUUUCAAAGGCUGUAGCAACUGAAGCAAAAGACAUAAGUAGGGGAUUUGUUUUCCUUCCUCUUCCUCUCGCCAUGAGCUCCCGGGUCGUGAACAGGAAAGGAGAGCCACAGUACCGGCGGCACUUCCUCACAGACAACAGCAUCUUUCAGGUGGAACGAUGCAUGAGUGUGAUGCAGUCCGGGACGCAGAUGGUGAAGCUGAAGGCGGGAUCCAAAGGACUGGUACGACUCUUCUACCUGGAUGAGCAUCGCUCCUGCAUCCGCUGGAGGCCUUCACGCAAGAGCGAGAAAGCAAAGAUCACCAUAGAUUCCCUUUACAAGGUGACGGAAGGCGGUCAGUCGGAUAUCUUCCACCGGUAUGCAGACGGUAACUUCGAUCAGGCUUGCUGCUUUACGGUUUACCAUGGAAACCACAUGGAGUCCCUUGACCUGGUGACGUCGAAUGCAGAGGAGGCCAGAACCUGGAUCACGGGCCUCCGCUACCUGAUGGCUGGGAUUAGUGACGAGGACUCAUUGGCCAAGCGACAACGCACACACGACCAGUGGAUGAAGCAGACGUUCGAAGAAGCGGACAAAAACGGAGAUGGCCUUCUGAACAUCGACGAGAUCUACCAACUUCUUCACAAGCUGAAUGUCAAUCUGCCACGCAGGAAGGUCAAGCAAAUGUUUCAGGAAGCAGACACCGACGAUCAUCAGGGCACGCUGACGUACGAGGAGUUUUCCGUCUUCUACAAGAUGAUGUCUCUGAGACGGGACUUGUUCCUGCUCAUGAUGGCGUACAGCGACAGGAAGGACCACCUGACGGCGGAGGAGCUCGCCAACUUCCUGCGCAACGAGCAGAAGAUGACCAACCUGACGUCAGAGUACGUUGCAGAAAUUAUCGACAAGUUUGAAGUAUCAGAUGAAAACAAACGAAGAGGCGUUUUGGGGAUAGAAGGCUUCACGAGUUUCAUGCGCAGCCCGACGUGCGACAUCUUCAACCCUCUGCAUCACGAGGUGAACCAGGACAUGGAGCAGCCGCUGUGCAACUACUUCAUCGCCUCCUCCCACAACACGUACCUGACCGGAGACCAGCUCCUCUCACACUCCAAGACGGACAUGUACGCCUGGGUGCUGCAGUCCGGCUGCCGCUGUGUGGAAGUGGAUUGUUGGGACGGACCCGACGGAGAGCCGAUGGUGCAGCACGGAUACACCCUGACGUCCAAGAUAACAUUCAAGUCCGUUAUAGAGACCAUCAACAAAUACGCCUUCAUAAACAACCAAUACCCGGUGAUCCUGUCGAUUGAGAACCACUGCAGCAUCCAGCAGCAGAAGAAGAUUGCCGAGUACCUGCGGGAAAUCUUUGGAGACAAACUGGAUGUGGGAGAGGUGCUGAGCAGAGACUCCAAGACGCUGCCCAGUCCGCACAGCCUGCAAGGGAAGAUCCUCAUCAAAGGGAAGCGCCUGCCUGCCUAUCUGUCUGCGGACGCCGAGGAGGGGGAGGUGUCUGACGAUGACAGCGCCGACGAAAUUGAAGAGGACUUCAAACUCAAGAGCAGCAAUGGCAACGGCAAUCACCAAGUGGAGUCUCACAUCAGAAAGAAACUGGAUUCUCUUCUGAAGGAGUCUCGGAUCGUGGACAAGGAGGACACCGACAGCUUCAGCAUCCGAGCUCUGCUCCGAGCCACGCACCAGGGCCUUCAGAAGAACCUGCGCCAGAGCUCAAAAGGAGUUCUGAAGAAAUCCCAAAGCAGAUCCCUUAUCACAACACUCAAACAGAAGAGGCACUCCAAGUCCAGGCUGGCAUGUCAAAGCGUGGAGAAGGAGGAAGAGGUUCAGGAAAGGUCUGGGAGAGAGGCUGGCGGACAAUUCAACAGGGGCGGACGGAAGAGGAAGACAAUGAAACUAAGUCGAGAUCUGUCAAACCUGGUGGUGUUCACCAAUUCUGUCGCCUCGCAGGAGUGCUUAAAUGAAGGGACUCCAGGUGACGUUUUGUCUUUCAGUGAGACCAGAGCGCAAUCUCUGGUCAAUCACAGGGCCGAGCAGUUCCUGGCUUUCAACCAGAGGCAGCUGUCGAGGAUUUACCCCUCGGCCUAUCGCAUCGACUCGUCUAAUUUUAACCCGCAGUUCUACUGGAACGUUGGUUGUCAGUUGGUUGCACUAAACUAUCAAACAGACGGGAGGAUGAUGCAGCUCAACAGAUCCAAGUUCAUGGUGAAUGGAGAUAUUGGUUACGUCCUCAAGCCCCCUCCGAUGUGUAAAGGCUCCUUCAACCCAUUCAGUGAUGACCCACUUCCAGCUUACCCCAAGAAACAGCUCAUACUCAAGAUCAUUAGUGGACAGCAGCUGCCCAAACCACCGGACUCCAUGCUGGGGGACCGCGGCGAGAUCAUCGAUCCAUUCGUUGAAGUGGAGAUCAUUGGUUUGCCCAUUGACUGCUGCAAGGAACAGACGAGAGUUGUUGAUGACAACGGUUUUAAUCCAGUGUGGGAGGAGACUCUGUCCUUCACACUUCAUAUGGCUGAGCUGGCUCUUGUGCGUUUCCUUGUCUGGGACCACGACCCGAUUGGACGAGACUUCAUUGGUCAACGGACUGUUGCCUUCAGUAGCCUGAUGCCUGGUUACAGACAUGUCUACCUGGAGGGCCUGACUGAGGCGUCCAUCUUUGUGCACGUGUCAGUGCAUGAUGUCUAUGGGAAGUGGAGCCCUCUUGUCCUGAACCCAAGCUUUACCAUAAUGCACUUUUUAGGAUCCAGCAAGGGUCAUCAACUACGAGGCAUUCGAGGUUUCUUCAACCGUUCCUCCAAGUCGUCUGUGGACACGAACGCCUCUGGUCUUCGGAAGCGCUCUAUUAGUGAUCACCUCCUGCGUCGAACAGCCAGCGCCCCGGCAAAGGGGCGGAAGAAGACUAAGAUGGCGCUAUCGGAGUCUGUGGCUUCGAUAUCUGAUCACAGGAAUGGCACUGAUGCUGGGGCUUCAGGAGGAGAAGGGCUCUCAGCGAGGGCAGAAGGGGCAGAGAAGCCACUUCAACCUCGAGCCCCUCUUGUCCAUAGACCCGUUUCCAUGCCAUUAGACAGACUUCUGCAAGGGCAGCUGUCAAUCUGCUCCCCAGACAAGGAACAGCAUGAUGUGGGUGCAGACACCAUCAUCGGAGCUUCCCGAUUCGACAGGCCCAGGUCUUCCACCGUGGAGGCUUUCUUUGACCCUUCGUUUUCUGUUAAAUCGCUUGUCUCUACCCCUUCAAAGACAAACAGAAAGAAAGAGCGCGAUCAAACAAAGGAGACUUCCUAUCUGGUUAUUGGUGGUGGGGGGAUAAGAAAGGAAGAAGUAUAUGUCAAUUACCAGUCAGAACAAAGCAAAUCCAAUAACUUCCCCAAAGAAAUAGAGAAAGCUGCCUCUAUGUCUCCUUUAACAAAUAGCCAAACAACAUCGGAUAAACCAGAAUCAUCAUCAAAUAGUACAACAUUCACUCUUGCACCGUCAAGCUCCUCCUCCUCUUCCUCUGCACCUUCAUCUUUGCCAGCUGUUUCUAGAACAAGCUUUGCUCCCAGCUCUUUACAUGAUAGCACUAUAUCUAGACUCAUUGACGGAGUGUCUUUAGGCAACGAACAAGGCACUUGUUGCUCCGUUUCUGCUUUAAUUGAUCAGUUUGAAUGCACUGGUGAUCUAAGGAAUUUAACUACACCAUCUCAGACCAUCACCUCAUCCCACUUGAACUUUAGAGCUACUUCACCUAAUUUCCGAAAUGAUCUAAGGUCUCCUCUCAUGAACAAAAUGGCAUCUGCUAAAAACAAACUGUUGACAAACUCCCAAAAGUCAAGUCAUGUACACAGUAGCAUUUGUUCACCCAACAAGAAUAGAGAUAAACUUGCUGCAGCUCUCUUCUCGAGCCCAGAAACUGCUGACCUUGAAGAGGUCUACACUAUCCUGGAUGAAGACGUUUUGACGCCUGUGUCCGUGUACAACCUGAGGAAGCAGACGGUCCAUGUUCAAGCAGAUACUACAGGGAGCACGCCUUCCAGCAGUCUGGGAUCCUCACCUGUAAAAACUAUUCAAAACUUAGAGAAAGGAGGCAGUGUGGAAAGAAUGUGGGGUGACAGACAAGAAGUUGCAGAGCCAGAGGAGAGGGUUUACGAGGAGGUGGAAGAUGCUCCAUUUACAGCACCUAAAAUAGAACGGGGUGCUUCUGAAAGGUACAUGAGCUCCUUCUCCAGUGACUGCGUUCAGAUUCUCCACCAUUCAACCGGAGAGUCAUUUACAGAAGUGGAGCUAAACGUUGAUGAAGAUCCAUUGCAGAUCAUGCCAAACCAAAGCAAGCAGUGGGGUAGGCUUUCAAGUCCAGUUAAACACCAAGCUAUUUACCAAAAUCACGACUUCUCUCGAAAGUAUUCCCAACCACCGAACCCAACACAAUCAUCUCAUCUAGCAUCUUCACAAUUUUCAUUCCCAGUGAAUAAGCAAUGCUGUCAAAUGACUAAUCACCAUCAACAAAACAGCUCACAACUUCCACUAGGUCAGAGUUAUAUCAGCUCCAGACCCUUAAGCCCCAGUGCUCUUCAUCAGAACAGCUACCCCAUACCUAAGGGUAACUCUGACUUACUUAACAACAGCCAAACGUCCGUCUUAAGGAGCUGUAGUUCAACGCUGCUCUUUAACGGGUCUCAUCAGCAAAGACCAGAAAACAAUCAAAUUACAACAGAGAGAGUAGGAUUCCACAAUGUUUUUUUCUCUGCUGAAAGUCUUCUGCGUCAAUGUUCUGUAUCUCAGAACAGGUCCAGACAACAAGCCCUAUGCUCUCCUUCUUCUGAAUGUAAAGCAUCGCACAGCCAGCUCGACCAUAGUUGUAUUAUGUCCUCAUUAGAGUCUAAAACUUCUCAAAACGUCCAACUACAUAGCCAAGGUCAAACACAGGUUUUACAGACUGGGAAAUACAAGACCAACCUCAUUCAUAGCAGACAUAACCAACCGUCCAAAGUCAGAGACUCACUGCAAUCAAAUUCAGGUCCUUCAUUAGCUUAUCUACAGUCUUCACCAUCUAUCACUGACUCCACAGCCCGUAAACCAUGCAAGUCUAAGUCUCUCGGGGAUCUGACCUCUGAAGACAUUUCCUGCAACUUUCAAAGCAAAUACAACAUAAUUAGUCGCAGUUUCAUCACUCCUCAUACAACAAGGCCAAAGCCUAUAGAUACAACAGGCAAACACUCUUUUCACACAAAGUCUAGUGAUCCACUUACAGAACAGCUACGCAGACUGGUUAGCUUAGAGUUAGACGACGGUCUCAAAGAAAGACCACAGUCGACUCAGUUGCAACAAGAAGCGAAAAUCCAACCGGCGCAACCCCAAGAAGCAAGUGUGUCUCCAAUUGUUUCCAGAGAUACGGAUGAUUCCCCUCCUCCGAUGCUUGCCCGACGCCUGUCUUCGCGAAGCCAAAGCCGAGUGCGCCACAUCAACAGCCGUGCCCGCGAGAGACAACAAGAGGCCCUCAAAGCUCGGCCUGGGGUGGCGAUCAGUAACAGUGACAGCAUUGGUGGAGUAGUAUGGAGGAACAAACCAUCCCUGCAGAAUCAACCACCUAACAGACACUCCACUGGCUCCUACAUAGCAGGCUACCUAGAUGAGCUGGAGGACAGAGGACUCCCCGAAGGAGCCUGCACGUCGGUACGCUAUGGCAACGUGGACCAUUUCAGAGAUCGGUACUAUACAGAUGACUCUCUCUCUCUUGGCAUCACUUCUCAUUCAGAAUCUGAACCUGAAGUCUACUUUCUACUCAGGUUGUAGGUGUGACUGUACCAUGACCUGGAACAAAGGACAAAGUACUUAACCUUCUUUAGAUUCAGUUAUACCAAAAGCCAGAAGACCAUUAAAAUGAAAUAUUGCACUUGUUUUAUCGACAUGUCUGGGCUGUUAAUAGUCUACAAUAUACUGUAAGUGAAAUGUUGCAUAUAAUCCACGGUUGGACCUGAACGCAUGAAAUGUCCACUUUCCUGUCAAGAAUGAUGUUGUUGGCUGUGUAUUGUCUAUAUUCUCCCUAAUGUGUAAAUGUACUUGGGGACUUUGGCUCCCUUCAAAUGGCUUCCUGAACAGAUUGUACAGAAUCUUGUAAUCUUUGUCCUUGUGUUGUACUGUCCAACGUAUGUACAAUAACAACGAAGCAAAAAAGAAAAAGUAAAAGCAGAGAAAUAAUGUCUUUCUUUGCAUCCUUUGAAUGUGUAGAUAACGAAGCGGCUACUUUUAAUAGAUGGGGUUCAUCUUUUCAUCUAUCAAACGUAAGUCUUCCUCCUCUUUUCAGUGGAAUUUCCUUAACUGUGUCGUUUGUAAAUGCCCCUGAUAGGAUUUUUCAUUUGAGGUCGGUUUUAGCAGAGAACCACUUUGAACUUUACAUAUAUGUUUGUGCAUGUUACAUGUGAACAUGUCAAGCAUGACUAUGCACUAGUUUAUACAGUAGAUGUUGGAUUACCCGAACACAUUUGCACAGAGCAAACAGAGGUUGUAGGCAUGUUUGUAUUAACGAUUAAAGUGCAAUACAGUUCAUUUAACUUCUCUACUUGGACUUGUUAACUCUCGACAACCUGUAGAAUUUGAUGGCAAAGAAGAAGAAGAAAAUUUAGAGAAUUGGAAUUUAAAGGUUUUUAUUUUUAUAAUUGCUUUGAUACAGACAGUGAAAAUACUCUUGUUCUUUCUGGUUAUUUUGUUUUGUACAACUUGACGGCCUGAGCGAAUGAAACGAUGGAUACACAGAGACAGACGAAGGAAGAGAAGACAACAAUGCUGUUGGUUUUUCUGUAGAGAAAGGUUCCAGUAUUACGCCACACUUGUUUUUUCUUUGUAUUGUUGCUCACUGCGGAACUGUGAGGAUUUUUCCUACCAAUGCAAUAAAAGAUAGAAAUAAUUGGUUUGAACACA